GACAGGGAGCGGUGACGCAAGUCGGACACGGCUCCACCCAAAGCUGACAACUUCAGCCACAUCAACAAGAACACAGCGCUGGCAACAAGUCGUCGACUUCGAGCUUUCAAAAAGAUCUGCUUCCUAAGCUCAUCUUAAAACGGAUACAAACUAGCAAACAAUGUCAUAACGACCUUAUUCAUAUUUGUUUCGUAAAAGCGAAUGUAAACGAAGGAAUCGCUAGCUAACGUUAAUGCUAUGAAUGACAGAGUCGACUGUUGUUUUGAAGAAGCUAGAAAUGCUAGCUAGCAGCUAGCUGGCGAGCUACAACGACGACUUUAGCCGGCGAUAGCUGCGUUUUACACAGCUCACAAGCAAACGUUGGCUUGUUGUCACUAGCUAGCUAGCACUAACAAGUGAUCGGACGUCGUAGAGUUGUUCGAUAACGUUUGACGACUAAUCGAGUAGGCAGUCGGCAGGCCGUGUGAGUCCAUUUUUUGGAUGCGGAAGAUGGCCCUGUCACCGGUGGCGGUGCAAGUUCCCGGGAUGCAGAACAGCCGUACAGACCCGGAGGAGCUGUUCACCAAACUGGAGCGCAUCGGAAAGGGAUCGUUUGGCGAGGUCUUCAAAGGCAUCGAUAAUCACACUCAGAGCGUGGUGGCCAUCAAGACCAUUGACCUGGAGGAGGCCGAGGACGAGAUUGAGGACAUUCAGCAGGAGAUCACAGUGCUCAGCCAGUGUGACAGCCCCUAUGUCACCAAGUACUACGGCUCCUACCUUAAGGGCAGUAAGCUGUGGAUCAUCAUGGAGUAUCUGGGAGGAGGAUCAGCCCUGGACCUGCUGAGAGCAGGGCCGUUUGACGAGGGCCAGAUCGCCACCAUGCUGAAGGAGAUCCUGAAGGGGCUGGACUACCUGCACUCAGAGAGGAAGAUACACCGAGACAUCAAAGCUGCUAACGUCCUCCUAUCAGAGCAGGGUGAGGUGAAGCUGGCAGACUUUGGCGUGGCGGGUCAGCUGACCGACACGCAGAUAAAGCGGGAAACGUUUGUGGGAACGCCGUUCUGGAUGGCGCCGGAGGUCAUCCAGCAGUCGGCCUACGACUCCAAGGCGGAUAUCUGGUCUCUGGGCAUCACAGCCAUAGAGCUGGCCAGGGGCGAGCCCCCCAACUCUGACAUGCACCCCAUGCGCGUGCUGUUCCUCAUCCCCAAGAACACCCCUCCCACGCUGAGCGGGGAGUUCUCAAAGAGCUUCAAGGAGUUUGUGGACGCGUGCCUCAACAAGGACCCCUCCUUUAGACCCACGGCCAGAGAACUGCUGAAGCACAAGUUCAUCCUGAAGAACGCCAGGAAGACGUCCUACCUGACAGAGCUGAUCGACCGGCUGAAAAGAUGGAGGGCCGAGGGCCACGACGAUGGGGACUCCAGCUCCGACGACUCUGACUCGGAGUCCAGCAACAAGGAGAACAGCUCCUCCCAGCCCGGCUGGUCCUUCACCACAGUCAGGAAGAAGAAACCAGACAGCAAGAAGACGACCAAUGGGACGGACCAGGACCUGAUGAAGAGGUCUACCAGUCUGACCACAGUCAUCUCUCCCGUCUUCUCUGAAGUGAAGCAGCAGUGGGGGGGCGUGGAGGAGCUAGAGAGGAGUGUCCACCUGGCGGAGGACGUGUGUCCAGGCAUCACAGACACCAUGCUCACCCACAUCCUGGAGCGCUUCCAGAGACUGCCUGCCAGUUAGGGCUUAGCAGAGGACUACACUUCCCAAGAUGCACCACCAUCAUCACCAGCCUCUCUUUUCCAUCACCACCCAUUCCUCCCCCCCCUCAUCCUCCAUGCUGUCAUGUGACCUGCAGGGGCGGAGCGGGGAGGGAGAGGGGACGCACGCCCGCUGUGCACAUCCACUGAGCGCUCGCUACCAAAAAGGAAAAAAAACUCUUGUUGUUUUAAAUGUGUAUUUGUUGAAACAUGUUUUAUUCUGUUCUGCUGUUUUUAUUUAACCUCUUUGUAAGAUGUGGGAGACUUCAGCCGUGACCCAAAGCGUGUGUGUUACUUAGAGGAAGAGAGACUAGAGGAGAGAGUAGAGACUAAUGGUUUUACUUUUUUCCAUAUUUUAUGGUCAGAGACACAAAAAAGAAUUUUCUAUAUAUAAAGAUCCCUAACCCGAAAUAAAGACGUACCUUGAAUCUUCUGCUUAAGAGCGUUUCGAUAAUGGAUGUAUAGUAGUGUUCGAUGGAUAUUAGUGGUAGUGUUUAUGCAGCUUGAGUUGUUUUGAUUUAUUUCUGCUACAUGUGUAGAUGUGACCUCCUGGUCUCAGGUUUGACCCCCCCUGACCCCUGCCCCACACUCUGACCCUUGGGGAGAGGAGACUGACCAAUAGGAACUAAUGUCUGGUGACCAUGAGAGAUGGAUAGAGAGGGGUGAGGGAAAUGGAGGGAGGGAGGGGUGGGUGGGUGGGACAAGGGAAGGGGGACUUUGCUGUGCAAAAUGAUUAUCAUCACUCUGUCAUUCAAGAAGUAACCAAUCAUAUCGUAGCCUUCCAACUUCCAUCCUACUUUGCUCCAAAUAAGGAAGUAUGGAAGGAAGGAAGCAUGGAAGAAAGCGCGUUUAGAGUAUUGGAGCAGGGCUCUAGUCUCUGAAGGACUGAUGCACGUUAGCUGGUCUCUAGCUGGUCUCUCUAGCUGGCUAGCUGGUCUCUCUAUAGAGCUGGCCAUCAGGCUAGCUGGUCUCUAGCUAGUCUUUCUAUAGAGCUUCCCUUCAGGCUAGCAGGUCUGUCUAGCUAGUCUUUCUAUAGAGCUGCCCUUCAGGCUUGCUGGUUUCUCCAGCUGGUCUCUCUUUGAGAUAUCUGGUACUUUACUGUCUCUAUGACAUAGACUUUAUAAUGACCAAAAACCCUGCCUAGCGUCCAGGGGAGGGUGAGCGGAGAGAGGGGAGGACGGUAGGACAGGGAAGGAGGGCGGAGUCUCUCUCGGAGGGAUGAAUAAUGAAAACUGUUGGGAAAUGUACAUCAGCCAAGCUCAACACUGCCCCCAGUGGGAGGGAUGACAUAUGCCAACCUAACAUUCAAAGGUGCCUAAAUAUUCUAGAUGUGUUGUGUACUCUGUAUCACUAAGGUUGUGCUCUCUAAUCGGAUGCCUAGGUGGGGAGAAUGUUUCUAGAGGUACCGUAAUGUUCCCAGAGAUUCUGGAAUGUUCCAGAGGUUCUGGAAUCUUACCAAAGGUUUUGGAACGUUAUCAGAGGUCCUGGAAGCAAUAAGGCGUUUGAUCAUCACGUAUUUUUGUAUUUCCUCAGAAAUGAACAUACAGAUGUUUUUAUAUUUCUGUGUCUGGACUUUAUAAAGGAAACCAUGUUGACUUAGCUUGAAAGGAAGCUGCUGUCAAAUGUAUAUAUUGGAUUGUCCUUGUUCAAUUGUUACAAAAAUCAUUUUGGUUUGGUCUUGAAAAAUAAAUAUUUAAAUUAUGAAACCCA